AUGCCCGGAAAACAAGUGUAUCAGUGUAGUGGUACCACUCAAAAGGGAGAGCGUUGUAAACGAACUGUCAAGGUUGAUCAUGGAUUUUGUUCGUAUCAUAUAUCUCAAGCCAGCACAUUAUCAAAACACGAUAACCAUAAAAUACAACAAGCGUUGGAACCAAGCGGCAGGAAGACGGUGAAGGAAACUAGGCCACCAAAAAGAGCGGGUGAAUCCAACUUCACCCGUGACCUGUUCACCAUCCCUGGUCAAUUCGAAACCCCAAGAUCAAACAGACACAAGCACAUAAAGACCAGAACGCCUACGGCACCCAAAGGGCAUACACCUCAACCAAACCGUCCACAAACCAUUAAUUAUGACACUUUUGCUGAUAGUAAGACCUACUUUGAUAAAGCCGUAGGUGAGGGUUACAUCUAUAUCUACACGAUGCAAAAUUUCCUUGACCCACCAAAAGGCUGGACUUUCAAAGUUAAAAAUAUCCCAAACACAUCGCCCAGAAAGAAAGACAAGUGGAUCAAAUUCAAAAGUCGAAGGUCACCUUAUAUAUUGGUCAAGAUUGGCAUGACUACUCAAUCACCAAACGUUCGUAUCAAACAAUGGGAAAACAAAUGCAAACAUAAACUUGUUAAUCUUGGUCCACAAAAUAAACAUCUUGUUGAACCUCAUUUACAUUGGUGGCAAAAAUUCUUGUGUGUGAGCAAAUAUGAUGAUGAUGAUGAUAAGUGGAUGAAAUUGACGCAAUUUAAAAAGGAUGGAUUCUAUUGUAAAGAGAAUGUGGGUGUUGUUGAAACUACGAUCCAUCAACUAUUAAGAAAGAAAUAUGGUAGGGGUGAUGUGUAUUGCAGUGGGUGUAUUGCCGAUGAAGCAUUGAUAAAGAACAAGGAAAAAGACAAAGUGCCGUUACAAAAUAAUUACAAUGUACAUGUCGAAUGGUUUUUGAUUCCAAAAGAAGAUCUACAAUACGUAUACAUGAAAAUUGAUCACAUAUGUAGAGAUGCCUUCAGUGGGAGAGUAAUGAAAAAUUUAAACUUUUAA